AUGAUGAACGGCCAGAGCCGCCAGGCGGACCGCGAGCGCAUUGAUAGACUCGCCAAAGCUACCGGAAGGAAGUUUUGGGAGGUCCAGGACGAGGUCGACGCGCGCGACUACCGCCCCACCAAACAAGCGAAGCUCUGGUCCGAGAACACGGGCCAGCACUACCCCGGUUUUGCGGACGAGCCGUCCAACCAACCAAAACCUAAACAAGUGACCAUUCCCAAGGUGAAGCGGGAUGUCGUGGUCGGCCCGCGCGGCGAGCGCAAGACCAUGUCCGACGAAAAAUACAAGGCGGAGCUCGACGCGCAGCGGAAGCGGGCGCAGGCCCUGGCGUACUUGGAGCAGGGCGACGACGGCGUGCCCGACGACUGCUUACGGGGCCGAGCCGCGGAGAAGCGCAAGCGAGAAAAGAUGUCGCAGCUCGAGAGGACUCGAGACAACACGCUGAAGCAGGUUGCUGGUAGAGAACGGGACGAGGCCUACAAGGAGCUGCAGCACAAGUUACUAGGCGUGCAGGCGCAACUACGCAAGGCCGGGUCGUUGGUGAGGCAGGAAGCGCCGGCGGUCAUGGUGCCGUCCGCAACACCGACGGCUCCGGUGGCGCUGCCGCCGGGCUGGAGCUCGCGCGUCCAUCCCUCGUCGAACCAGGUCUACUACGUCAAGGACGCGACCGGGGAACGGCGGUGGGAGCCGCCUACACACGCAAAUGAUGCGGGCGACGGCGCGACGCGCCGGCCGGAGGGACCGAAGCCGCGGCCCCAGCCGCACCCUGCCUUGGCGGCCGCUCAGAAAAAGAAGAGGGACAAGUCCCAGAUCGACCCCCUCGACCCGCUCGGCCUGAGCGGCGGCCGCUACUCGGACGGGCUCCACCACAAGGGCGAGCGCAUGGCCGACUCGACGGCGUCGGGGCCGCUCUGGCAGCAGCGGCCCUACCCCGCGCCGGGAUCGGUCCUCAAGAUGCGGGGCCCGGGCGUGCGCGAGGGCUCGAGCAUCGGCCCGCAGCGGCCCGGCGCGCCGCGCGGCCCGCCGGCGCGCAUGAUGCCGCCCCAGGCGAGGAGAAGGCGGCCGCCGCCUCCGCCGCCCCCGCCGCGCGCGAGCGGGCCGAGCCUGCCGCCGGGCCUGAAGCGCGGGGGAGACCUGCCGCCGGGCCUCGGCGGGCGGCGCUGA